GAAUGUCCACCCUUGCGCCUAGCGCGUCACACUGGCGUCGCGCGUGGUAUACGUCACUUCCUCCCGGAAGACUCGGGAAAUCACUCAGGUUCCUGUCACUUCUCAGAAUCCUUCGGUGGUAGCCAUGGCUCUGCCGCCGUUCUUCACCCCAGGUCGCCCCGGCCCACCACCUCCGCAGGCGCUGCCUCCCGCUCCCUUCGGCUGUCCGCCACCGCCGCUGCCCUCCCCCGCUUUCCCGCCGCCUCUUCCCCAGCGACCCGGCCCCUUUCCCGGGGCCUCCUCUCCCUUCCUCCAGCCCCCGCUGGCUCUGCAGCCCCGAGCCCCGGGGGAAGCCUCCCGUGCCGGCGGCGGCGGAGGCGGAGGCGGUGGCGGCGGCGGCGGCGCCUUCUACCCGGUGCCUCCACCGCCGCUUCCUCCGCCGCCUCCCCAGUGCCGGCCCUACAUAGGGAUCGAUGCCGGCGAGCGCACGCGGCCCCCGCCUCCAGGCCCCGGGCCGCCCUGGAGCCCGCGCUGGCCUGACGGGCCGCCGCCCGACGUGCUUGGGGACGCGUCCCUGCAGCGCCUGCGCGACCGGCAGUGGCUAGAGGCGGUAUUCGGAACCCCUCGGCGAGGGGGCUGCCCCGUGCCCCCGCGCGCGUCCGGCGGGCCCAGCCUGGGCGAAGUGCGUGCGCGGUUACGCGGGGCUCUGCGCCUGGUGCGGCGGCUGCGAGACCUGGGCCAAGCCCUGCGCGAGGCCGAGGCCGACGGUGCGGCCUGGGCACUGCUGCACGCCCAGGCGGGGCCACUGCGCGCCGAACUGUCUGAGCGACUGCAGUUGCUGACCCAGGCCGCCUAUGUGGGCGAGGCACGGCGGAGGCUGGAGAGGGUCCGGCGCCGCCGGCUGCGGCUUCGCGAGAGGGCCAGGGAACGCGAGGCCGAGCGGGAGGCGGAGGCUGCGCGAGCUGCGGAGCGCGAGCAGGAGAUUGACCGCUGGAGAGUCAAGUGUGUGCAGGAGGUGGAGGAGAAGAAGCGGGAACAGGAACUUAAAGCCGCUGCCGACGGUGUCUUAUCUGAAGUGAGGAAAAAACAGGCAGACACCAAAAGAAUGGUGGACAUUCUUCGGGCCUUGGAGAAACUGAGGAAACUCAGGAAAGAGGCUGCAGCAAGGAAAGGGGUCUGUCCUCCGGCCUCAGCAGAUGACUUUGAGCAUCAUCUUCAGCGACUGAGAAAACUCAUUAAAAAACGCUCUGAACUAUAUGAAGCUGAAGAGAGAGCCCUCAGAGUUAUGCUGGAAGGAGAACAAGAGGAAGAGAGGAAAAGAGAACUAGAGAAGAAACAGAGGAAAGAAAAAGAGAAAAUUUUACAGCAGAAGCAUGAGAUUGAGUCCAAGUUAUUUGGGGACCCAGAUGAGUUCCCGCUCGCUCACCUCUUGCAGCCUUUCCGACAGUAUUACCUCCAGGCUGAGCACUCCCUGCCGGCGCUCAUCCAGAUAAGGCAUGAUUGGGAUCAGUACCUGGUGCCAUCUGAUCAUCCUAAAGGCAGCUCCGUUCCCCAAGGAUGGGUCCUUCCCCCGCUCCCCAGCAACGAUAUCUGGGCCACCGCCGUAAAGCUGCAGUAGUGAAGAUGCCCCAGGAGUGUGGACCGGGCAACACUCUUUCCAGCUCUAAAUAUUAGUGAUGCUGCCAUCUUCUUGUGCUUUAGACUGAACAUCCGCCUCUGACCCCGCAUGGUGCGGCCCUACCCAGAAGUUACAUUUUCCUCCUGUGCUCUGCCCUGGCCAGUGGUGCUUCUUGAAUCAGGAGAUUAAUGUGGUUCUUUAGGAAAGGACCUAGGUAAACUAGGGCUGUGACCACAUGCCUUGGUUCACUGAAUUUGCCUCUGUUUUGAGGGGCUUGGUCUAGAGUGACUUAUUAGUUCACUGAACUUCCUUGAGUGGUGAUGGGUGAGUACACGCCAUACACUCCACACAGGUGUGCACCGGGCAGCGUAGCAGCCCUUCCCCCAGUACUGAGUGUGAAGGCAAGCUUGAUGCAAAACCUCCUUGCCCUUCCUAUCCAAAUAGCCCUCUGACUUCCAGGGAGAAAGGUCAAAAUGCUCUAUCUUUGGUUUUGCGGAUCCCACUUUUGGUGCAGCUUGCGAGGCUGCAGGCUGCAGGCUGGGCUGGUAGAACAGCUGGUGGCUGAGUCAGGUGGUCAUGUGGAGAACUAGAACACCUGCACAGUACCCGAAUUUGGAGGGUGUCUUAAUGGAUGAUGGCUCCCUUUCCCCCACGUUAGAAGGAUCCUAAUGAAAGCAACUGCUUUUUAUGUUCCUGGAGGUCUAGUUCAGAAUUCCCAAGGAUGGAAACUAAUUUCCCUAUGGGAGUGAGACCUGGACUUCAUGCACUCAGUGGGAGCUGGCAUAGCUUACGGGCUUUUCCUAGGAACUCGAGCUCCAAAAACAUCCAUGUAUUCAAUAGUUAAAGCUAGGGGAAAAGCAGAUAAAAACAAUGCAGUUUAUUUUUUUAUGCUCAUCACUAAAUGCUCUUGUGCCUGGAGUCAAUCAGUGAUGUAACAUGUCAGCUCUUUGUUUUGUUUUAUUCUGUCUUUUGCCAUUUAUUGUUAUUUAUAUUUAUAAAAAGCUAAAUAAAUACCAUUUUUAUUUUUUAGUUUGAGCCUUUGCCUUUAAUUUGUUGCCUUCCAAAUCACUGCACACACUUUCACACUGAUGAAACACAUUUUUCACUCCAAAGUUCACAUUUAUCACAUAGACAUUUUGCCACAGCAGCAUCUCCAACACCAGCCUUUGUGGAAUCCAGCUCUGGAUAGACAGGAAAGGACACCAUCAACUUUGGAAAUGAUGUCAUGUAGUUGGAAGCUGUUGGGUGCGAGAUCCUGUCGCCUUUGUCCCUUUCUGUUGCUUAACUUGCACGGUGCAUCUGUGCGGUGUGCGUGCCAUAGUUAAUGGGGCGCAAGAGCCAGCUCUCCUCCCGAGUGUGUGUCUGAGCCCAUAAACCUGAAAAUCCAAUGUUAUUAGCCUCACAGAAAUAACCCUUCCAUUAAAACUCUCCACCAUUUGCUCUCUGAUGAGGCGCGGGAAAAGGAGAAAUGAAAGAGAACUUGUGUGUUGUAUGUUUGGCGUCCAGAGCCUUGCCAGGGAGCGUGAAGCAGGGACUCGGGGAAACUCAGGCAGUGCAACCCAAGG